AUCAUUUCAGUCUCUCUGCCUUCUGAAACAGAUGGAAAGGGAAUUGCAUACAAAAAACAUGGUUACCAGUCACAGCUUCCACAACAGGUCCCAUCAUCUCUCGCAAAUAAAGAGUCAAGGUCACAUGAACAGAGAGGAUUUGCACAAGCUGUGGUUACCAACUGCCAACAGGGAACCCCAGUGCCCCGUGUGUUUGCAGACAGCCAGCUACCCUGUAGAGACCAACUGUGGGCAUCUUUUCUGUGCACCGUGCCUGAUAUCAUAUUGGAAACAUGGCUCCUGGUUAGAUGCCAUCAACUGUCCUUUGUGCAGACAGAGGGUGAAUAAAAUGUGUCAUCUCUUCGGGGACAAUAGAGCUGAUCGUGAAGAAAGGGAGAUUUUGAGACAAAUUAAAGGUUACAACAAACGUAACUCUGGAGCAGCUCGGCAGGUUAAAGAUUACCUUUGUGACGCACCUCUCUUCAUGCUGUUGCUGGUGCGGCGGUUGGGGAACAUGAGUGGUCUUGUUUGGUUGUUUCUUUUGAGGGUGGCUGUCUGUGGAUUUGGGGCAGCCAUGUCUCUGGCAUCCCCCUUGGAGACCCUCCCAGGGCCUUUAGGCGGAGUGCUGGGCAUGCUGGAUGAUUUUGUAGUGGUUUUCCUUAUUCUUAUCUGCAUUAUUAACAUUAACCAGCAGAUGGGGCCACAGAGGACAAGAACUCAAACGUUCACACAUGGUGUGUUGACAGAUGCGUUGUAAAGGACAUUGAUCCUUUGUAAACUAGCAUGUUGAAAUUACAGUAACAGACCUUGUUUGCAAAGGUUAACAGUGUCAAGACCUUGUGCACUUUGUUGUCAAUAAAGGUGGAUUUUCAUUGACGAUGUGUCUAAAAUAGACAAACUGUGAUAAGAGUUUAGAACGAUACUAUGUAUAGUAAAUGUAAAGUACUUUUGUAAAUAUACACGUUUCUAAUAAAAAAAAAUUCAUACAAACCA